CAAAAAAAAUAUCUCCUUUGCCUCGCCUGAAUUUUCUCGACAGCUUGCACGAGCAGGCUCAACAGUGUUGCUCAGACACUCCAUUCCUUCUGCCGCCAGCACUCGUCUGCCGGUCUAUAACAAUCGCGCAUCCCUCUGCGCUUCUUCGACGAGGACGCUGCCGUCUUCGACCAUCCCUUGAUCUUCGAACGCCACCUAGACUACUCGGAUCGCAAUGUGUGGAGUUUCCGCUAUACUGUUGGGCGAUUCCAAAGCCGACACGGCCGCUCUAGAACUCCACGAGAGUUGUUAUUACCUCCAACAUCGCGGACAAGAUGCUGCGGGUAUUGCCGUAUGCCAAGGCGGAAGAGUCUACCAAUGCAAGGGCCUGGGACUUGUCAGCGCCGUCUUUAAUGAAGGGAGGCGAAUCGUCGAUUUGCCCGGCUGGUGCGGCGUGAGCCACCUCCGCUAUCCUACAGCCGGCGGGACAUAUGCGUCGGAAGCGCAACCAUUCUUUGUCAACAGCCCCUUUGGGUUGUCGAUGAGCGUCAACGGAAACCUCGUUAACAGCAAAGAGCUUCUCAAAUUCCUGGACCGCGAAGCCCGCCGCCAUGUCAAUACCGACUCCGAUUCGGAGCUUCUGCUCAACGUCUUUGCCCAUGCGCUUAAUGAGCUGGGAAAAUUCCGAGCUAACGUAGAAGACGUCUUCACCGCACUGCGCGAGGUGUACACUAGAUGCCACGGCGCCUAUGCCUGCACUGCCAUGAUUGCUGGCUUCGGCAUUCUGGGAUUCCGUGACGAGAACGGUAUCCGGCCCCUCUGCCUCGGAUCUCGACCGUCUGCCACCCUCGAAGGCGCCACCGACUACUUCAUGGCAUCGGAAUCCAUCGCCCUGACGCAGCUGGGAUUCGGCAACAUCGUGGAUAUCUUGCCCGGUCAGGCUGUCUUCAUCCAAAAAGGAGGCGUUCCGCAGUUCCGCCAGAUCGUUCCAAGAAAAUCGUACACCCCCGACAUUUUCGAAUUCGUGUAUUUCAGCCGUCCCGACUCGCAUAUCGACGGCAUCUCCGUGUACCGCAGCCGACAGAACAUGGGGCGCAUGCUAGCAAAGAAGUUGAGGGAGACUUUGGGCGAGCAAGUCAUCAAGGACAUCGACGUCAUUAUCCCCGUUCCAGAGACUAGCAACAUCGCGGCAGCCGUACUAGCGACAGAACUCAACAAGCCGUUCUCGAGUGCCUUUAUUAAGAAUAGAUACAUCUUCCGGACGUUUAUUCUGAGCGAGCAGAAAGCACGGCAGAAAAGCGUUCGUCGGAAGCUGUCGCCCAUUGCCUCCGAAUUCAAAGACAGAGUCGUUUGCAUCGUGGAUGAUUCCAUCGUGAGAGGAACAACCUCCCGCGAGAUCGUCCAAAUGGCGAAGGAAGCUGGCGCCGUACGAGUCCUGUUCGUGUCCUGCAGUCCAGAGGUCACCCACCCACACGUUCACGGCAUCGAUCUCGCCGACCCAUCCGAACUCGUCGCCCACGGCAAGACCCGCGAAGAAAUAGCCCGCCGCCUCGACGUGGACGAAGUCGUCUACCAGAGCCUGGAAGACCUCAAGACCGCCUGCAUAGAAGCCGGCACCGAAGACUGCGAGGUCAAGGACUUCGAGGUCGGCGUCUUCUGCGGCAAGUACCAGACCGUGGUGCCCGAGGGCUACUUCGAGCACCUGGGUCGCUCGCAGGGGAACAAGAAGAAGAUCAACAAGACUUCGCUUUCGGCAGAGAAAGAGCAAGACGCUGCCAGGCCGGUCCUGGUCGCCGGCGGUGGGGCCGUGAAUGUCGCGGGCCCGCGCGAGGGACAACAGGAGGCACAUGCUGAGGAGGACGACGAAGAGCAUGAGAGCGCAAACGGGCCGGCAAACCGAGAGGAUAUCAGUCUCUACAACUUUGCGAACACAUCCUAAGGCAUUGCAUGUUAGAAGAUAUCGGACUUUGAUAUGGUCGGCAUCGCCGUGAUGGAUCCUCCAUCAUGAAUACUGGACUUCUUCCAUAUUUCUUAUUACAGGAGCCUUAAUUUCUGCGUUUCUUUCUUCUUCUUCUUCUUCUUCUUCUUCUUUCUUCUGCCAGUGUUACCAGGGCGUAAAGAGAUAGACAUAGAGUUAAAACUCACUCGGGGAUGUCUCUAUAUUUUGACAACCGAUACUCUCGCUCGGCGCAGCGGACUGAGACAGGCUAGCAUCAAUAGCCCCUUUUCAUUGUAAAUGGCAUAGGUACACUAUGUACAGUCGCAAAACUUUCAACCUCAGCGGAACUUUUUAGAGACAUGAAAUCCGACGGGCAUAGUAUGCCCUGGGUAUGACGCAGACACAAAGAGGAAAUAGACGAAACGCC